UGUUAGGGUUUUCUUUUCUCUUUUUCUUCUAAAUAUAUUAAUCUGAAUUGAGCAUUAUCGACAGCGAAAGAGAAACGGGAAAAUAGGUUUUUCGUUCUUCUUCAUCUUUAACUUUGUUUAUUUCGGCUGUUAUGGAGCCAGUAGUUGGGAACAAGUAUCGACUAGGUCGAAAGAUCGGUAGCGGAUCGUUUGGAGAGAUCUAUCUUGGUACACAUAUUCAAACGAAUGAAGAUGUUGCGAUUAAGCUUGAAAAUGUGAAGACCAAGCAUCCGCAAUUGUUGUAUGAAUCGAAGUUGUAUAAAAUACUGCAGGGAGGAACUGGAAUUCCAAAUGUGAGAUGGUCUGGCAUUGAAGGUGACUAUAAUGCCCUUGUGAUGGAUUUACUGGGGCCUAGUCUUGAAGAUUUAUUCAACUUCUGCAGUCGAAAACUGUCACUCAAAACUGUUCUCAUGCUCGCGGAUCAGAUGAUCAAUCGAGUUGAAUAUGCUCAUUCAAAAUCAUUUCUGCAUCGGGAUAUCAAGCCAGACAAUUUCCUCAUGGGCUUAGGAGGGCAUGCAAAUCAGGUCUACAUCAUUGAUUUUGGUCUGGCGAAGAAGUACAGGGAUACUUCAACCCAUCGACAUAUCCCUUAUAGGGAAAACAAAAAUCUUACAGGAACUGCAAGAUACGCAAGCAUGAAUACUCAUCUUGGAAUUGAGCAAAGCCGUAGAGAUGAUUUAGAGACACUUGGAUAUGUUCUAAUGUAUUUCUUAAGGGGAAGUCUUCCCUGGCAGGGACUGAGAGCUGGAACUAAGAAGCAAAAGUAUGACAAGAUAAGUGAAAAGAAAGUCUCAACUUCUAUUGAGGCUUUGUGUCGAGGAUAUCCAUCUGAAUUUGCAUCCUACUUCCAUUACUGCCGAUCCCUACGGUUUGAUGAUAAACCAGAUUAUUCUUAUCUGAGAUGCCUGUUCCGUGAACUUUUCAUUCGUGAAGGUUUUCAGUUUGAUUACGUGUUUGAUUGGACAAUAUUAAAGUAUCAGCAAUCUCAGAUUUCCAAUCCUCCUGCCCGUGCUCUUGGCCCUGGUGCUGGAACUAGCUCUGGCAUACCUCCUGCAGUUGCCAUUGCUGAUAGGAAAUCAGGUCGAAAAGUUGGACCUUUUGGUUGGUCUUCCAGAGAUCCUACACUCAGGAGGCAUUCUGGCCCUAUCGAAAAUUCUAGAAACGUGGCUAAGCAAAAAAGUCCAAUAGCAAAUGAUUGUCCUGUUGCUAAAGAUCCUAAGUUGGCUGGUUCUAAUGUCUUGCCUUCAAGUGGAUCUUCAAGGCGAGCUGCUAUCUCUUGCAACCGUGAUGCAGCAGCAAUCACAGUUGGUGACUCUGAACCCCGUCACCUCCGUACCAUCGAUGCAAGUUCAAGGUCAUUCCAAAAAAUCUCCAGUAGACAAAGAAACACACCCAUUUUAUCGGAGAACAAGCAACCUUCUGGUAGGAACACCUCAAAUGUAAAGAAUUUGGAGUCUGCUAUGAGGGGCAUUGAAAGCCUGCAUUUUAGUAACGAUGAGAGGGUACCCUAUUAGACUACUACCACGGCCUACCCGGCAGCCAACAAAUUUUAUGAUGACAUACUUUCGCAUACACUCGUGCUAGAAGCCGUCUAUUUUGUUUUGUUUACUUUUCAAAUUAGAAGAGCUCAAAGUUGGGAAUUAUAACUGUAAGUAUUAACAAAGACAGAAUGUGGAGGCGCCCAAUGAUAGAAACCAUAUACAGGUUUAGAUGUCUUUGCUACCUUUUUCAGUAAAGUGUUAUUUGUUUAGAUCAUGUAACAUAUACUUAAAAAUUCAAAAGCAGGCUAUUUGUAGCCUUUUUAUAUCAA